AUGGAAUUUGACCCAAAAACCCCUCAAUACUCGACCUCGGACCCAUCGAGCUUUGCCUCGAUUUCAGCCAACGACCGAUGGCCCGUCAUUAUUACUAGUGCUAUUGAUGAUCUCCACCGGACUGUAGGUGCUGUGUCGGAUGAAGAAAAGCAAAAGGAAGGCAAAGGCAUCAUCGAGAACCUCGCAAAGUUGAAGUAUGAGCUACAGCACAACCGACAACUGACUCCACUCGAUGAUGAUGGCGAGCGGGAUAUUGCCGAAUACAACACGGAGCUAGAGGAGCGUGGAAACCCUAGCUGGCACAACGUCUCAUGGCUCUACUCCGAGUGCUACCUCUACCGCCGCAUUGAAACUUUCUUUUCACUAUCAAAGUACUGGAAGGGAUAUGAUGUUUUCGCUCGUCAGAAGAUGUCGACUUUCAAAUCGUCUCGCCCGGCCGUGUUAGAGCUUGCCACUCGGUACCGUGAACUGGCACAUGAGGCAGAGACCAGUAAGAGCUCUGAAAGCAAAUCAGCUGAUGAGAUUGAACAAGCCGAGAGGCUUCUUUUCUCGGAGAUGUGCGAGAUUUGCCUGUGGGGUAAUGCCACCGACCUGUCACUCCUGACCUCUAUCACAUACGAAGACAUCCAGAAACUCCAGGGCUCAAAAGCCCGCAAGGAGUCUCAGAAAAACAUCCUCGUCAAUGACAUGGAUACCGCAUUCGAUGUCAUGCAAAAAGCGCGCAAGGAGAAGAAGAAUGGGGAACGACGCGUAGACAUCGUCCUUGACAACUCCGGCUUCGAGCUUUUUGUCGAUCUAAUUCUUGCUGGAUAUCUCCUAUUCACCGGCCUUGCGACAGAGGUCGUCCUUCACCCCAAGCGCCUCCCCUGGUUUGUGUCUGAUGUUACGCCCAGGGACUUCUCAGAUCUUCUCAACUCAAUGGUUGACCCGCAAGCUUUCUAUACGGCCGACGAUGGCACAGGCAAGACCUUCCCUCCUCUAUCUGACAAAGAGGCCGCCGAUGUGAAAUUCCUCUUUAAUCAGUGGAGUGGCUUCCACCAGGAUGGCAAGCUGAUUAUGCGUUCGCACCAUUUCUGGACCUCUCCGGGUGGCUACUGGCGCAUGCCCCACACGGCACCAGAUCUAUUCGAAGAUCUAAAGGAGAGUGAGCUUGUUUUGUUCAAGGGUGACCUGAACUAUCGCAAGCUUACCAACGACUCUGAAUGGGACCCAACAACUCCAUUUACAACUGCUAUCGGCCCCAUGGGUCCGAAGUCCGGAAUUCGCGUCCUGGCUUUCCGUACCUGCAAGGCUGAUGUUGUCGUCGGUCUCCCUGCUGGUGAGGAUGAAAGGCUUCGCCAACUGCCCGAUGGAGGCGGCUCAAAAUCCCGCAAGUGGGCGUGGAGUGGAAAGUGGGCUGUCGUGUCAUUUUCUGACGGCAAGGUCUGA